CCUGGGAUUCGUCGGUCGACCGGUGACCAUAGACGACGCGCCUCGCGGCGGUGCGUUCAUUUGCAAAAUGGCUGAUCACAGAGAACGGGAUUCGUACUAUUCGCAAACAGAUCUACGCUCGAAAAAUGACGAUCCACCGAACUCGCGACUGUUCGUCAUCUGCCACAAAAGUCUGGAGGAGGACGAUCUCAGGAAGGCCUUCGAGAAGUUUGGCAAGAUCGAAGACAUCUGGGUGGUUAAGGACCGUAACACGGGCGAGAAUAAAGGUGUUACAUACAUCAAGUUUUCCAAAACGUCAGAGGCAGCGUUCGCUCUCGAAGAGAUGAAUGGGAAGAUGCUGGGCUCCGUUGGUAGGCCGAUCAAAGUAAUGAUUGCCUCGAAUCGAGACCAAGGCUCGGUGCGAGAGACAAACGAGGAGGAGAGGUGGGUCCGUUUGUUCUGUGUAUUACCGAAGACAAUGUCCGACAGCGAGCUGCAGCAGGAGUUCUCCAAAUUUGGUGCUAUCGAGUACGCCACAGUGGUGAAGGAUCGUAGUACAAAUGAGUCUAAGGGCUUCGGCUACGUGAAGUUCAAGAAGGUGUCUAGCGCCGCCAGAGCGUUCGAGGAGUGCGAUCGGAAGUACAAAGCGGUUUUUGCCGAGCCAAAGAAACCGAAACCCGAUCACGGUGACGUCAAAUAUAAUAACGGUCUUUCUACCUCGUAUGACGGUUCCACUAGCACAUACGCGUCCUCCAACUUCGGCAAGAGCAGUAUCAGCCUGGAGAUCGCCACAAAUUAUCCCAACUCGGAAGGCUACACCCGUCUGCAGGUAAUUGCCCAUCCAGCCUUGAAUCAGGAUCAACUCUGGAAAUUGUUCGACAUAGUACCUGGAAUGGACUACUGCCACUUGAAGACUGACGUGAGAUACCGGAUACCGCGAGGGCAGGCCGUAGUGGUGUACAAUAAUCCGAGUGCAGCUGCUUAUGCACGCGAGAAGUUUCACGGCUUCGAAUACCCGCCUGGUCAUCGGAUGAUCGUCAAGCCCGACUUGACGAGCGCACCGCCGAAGAGCACAUCGAAACCAGGCAGUUCUACGACCGGCAAUAGCGCCAGCGCGAGAACGGAUUUGGCACACCUGGCAGAGACGAUUGCUCAAGCUACAUCGUUGAUUCAAGCCGCGGGAUUAACGGCACCGAGUUUAGAACAUACAAUGUGCGUGAAGCUACCUCCAGUGCAACCGAUGGCGAGUAUAGAUGCCGACGUGGCCAAAAGAUGUUUCAUCGUUUGCGGCCCACCGGUACCACCCAUAUACGCCAUGAAGGACGCGUUCUGCAGGUUUGGAAAUCUCAUCGAUGUAUAUAUGUUGCCUGGCAAAAAUUGUGGUUACGCCAAAUACGCUACCAUCGAUAGCGCGAACGAGGCUAUUGAGAUGUUACACGGGCAAGAAAUCUGCGGUUCGCGUUUGAAAGUAUUGGAGGCGGAAGAGCGGAACGUUGGUGAAGAUCGCCGAAAGAGAUUAAGAAUGGACGAAGACGAGAAUUGAGUCAGAGACCAUUCUUAUAUAUGUAACUCACUGACUGGUAUACACAAGCCGGACGCACGCAACAAAAAGAGACGAAUUUAAAGACUCACUUGACCACGUGAAGGGCCUGGCAUCCAGGGAAACUACUCCAACUACCUACCUAUUUAACUGUUCGCUUACGUUCGCAACUUCAACGUUACUGAAACUUUAACUGCUACUCUACUACUUACUACUACAUUACUACUACUACUACUGCUACUACUACACUACUCUACUGCUACUAUUACUACCACUACUACUAUUACUACUACUACUACUACUACUACUACUACUACUAUUACUACUACUACUACUACUACUCUACUACCACUCUACUACCACUACUCCAUCACCAUUACUUUCAUCCUCUUACAUUCGUUCGUUCACACAUGACACAUCACGCGCGCGAUGCCCCGUUUCCGUUACUUUAAGAAGCCUGUGCGAAGAGUUAAUAUUCGAGCCUUCGCUUGCCGUAGUGUACUUCUAGGAAAUGUGUGAAUCUUAUUUCUUACUAAAAACAUACUUAUUUUCUUUUUUUGAAAGUUGUCUAGUAGAAAGAGAAGAAUACAAAGAAUGCGUUCAAGGAGUAUCUUCGUUUCUUCUGGCCAAUUAGUAAUCAAUUUUAUAUUUCUUGUUUAAUAUUAUUUCUAGCUUCAUUCUUUAGAUAGUAUAUAUCUUCAGAACUUUUGACAUACAGUUUAGUUCUUUAGAUGUGUUCAUUAUUAUCAGCAACAACAAAUAUGUCACUAACGCUGUCUGUUCGCACAGGCUUAUUUUAGGAAUUAACCUGUGCCCUAGGUUUAGCGAAGAGAUCUUUUAUUUAUAUAAUUAAAUUGAUGAUUAUGUACUUGUCUUUAAGUUGUAUUGCGUGUAAAAAGAAAGCAAAGCAACUUGUAUUUUAUGCAACAUUGACCAAUCUCACGACGAACAGUGUUAAAAUUAUUGCGGAUAAAGGAACUAAUAACUCCAAAACAAGGUAUAUCCUUGAAUUCAGUACAAAUAUAUACUAUAUACGGAAUCGUUGCAACGCAUACCAGAAUAUUUCGUCUUCUUUCGGUAAAAAUUAUACGUUAUUGUAGCCAUAUCAUUAUAUUCAAAACAUUUUGAUUUAUUAAUGUUUCACGAUAAAAAUUGUGACACACUUACACUCUUGAAUCGUAAUUUAUAACACAACAUGCUAUUACUCAGAUUUUAAGGUAAUAAAAAUUUAAUAAUUAUUAUACAAAAUACAUUAUUUCAUACAAGAUAUUUUUGUCAAAAGCAACUGAAAACACAUCGACAAAUUUAUAUCAAUCAAUUUGAUGAUAUCACUCGGGUUUUAAUACGCGGUUGCUAAAUUUUAUAAAGAAUUACAUCACUCGCGCGACGAAGUGCAAUAUUGAGUGUACCAUCGAUAACUUGUGAAGCAUGCGGGUACAUCUUGUUUUGGAAAUGAUUGAUGUAUGUACAAAUGAAAUUACGCUAGCGUGUGUAACAUUUUUUACGCUUAGAAGCGUAGAUUUACUGUUUACUCUAAAGAGAGAAAGAGGGAAAAAACUAUUUUUCCUGAUAAAUCGAUACUUAAUUAUCCACCAUCACGAAACCAACCUCGUCACACACUAGUGAUCGACGCACAACAUGAACAUUUUAUGAUGGACACUUUUGUACCACCGUUGCGUUAGACUCUCACUGUAUGACCGUACCGAAUAAUGUUCCAGGAGACUGUAACUGACUUGUUUUUCUUUUUCUUUUUGGAAAUAUCAAAUACACAUGGAAUACGCAAAAACCCCACACCGACUCUUUCACUUGAUUUUUUGUUUUAAUUAAUUCUUGUUACUUGUGGAACGAAAGUGUACGAAUACUGUCACGUGGUUGAACUCAUGGUCUGUCUUGAUCUGACAUUUGUUCUUCUCGCUUUCAGGAUAUCGCGAGGAUUCCACGAAGCGCCGUACCUGAUGACUGUGAUACCAUUUCUAGCAACGUAAGAUUAUUAUAAUGUUUUUACAAUUGUACAUAUAUAAAAAGAAAAUACGUUAUACAUAUAUAUAUGUAUAUAUAUAUAUAUAUAUGCGGAAUAUAAAUUAAUAUAUUUUUAUACAGCUCCGGUUGUGUCAUUUGUGCGUGCUCUUGUGAACGAGAACCUUGGGUGCCUUGUAUAUUUCUUGUAUUUAAAGUUUCUGGCUAUUCGCCAUAGCCACAUUAAUUUAUAACGUUAAAGCGAGGCAAUAUGUGCUAAAAAUUUCUGCAAAAUACAUAGAAAUAAAAAGGUAUAUCCCAAAAUGACACAAUCGAUUAAGCACAUCUCCAAACAGCAUAGAUCUCCAUAAGGCAUUCUAAAACUUUCUGAGAACGAUGUCCUGGGAACAUGAUGUCCCCAGAACAGAUGUCCCCAGGACAUCUGAAGAUUUUAUGCUAUCUGUGAAAACUUUUUUUGGCUUAAUUAAUAAAGAAUCGUAAAAUUAAUGUGAAAUAAUGAGGAAAUGUAGUUUGAAAAAGGAAGGUUACAUAUAACGUCACUUUUAUUGUUAUUUAUUAAUUGUUGAAGCAAAAAACGCUUGGAGUAUUUUAAAGGUGUAUUUAAUUGAUUAUAAAUGUCAUCUUUCGGAUAUAUUUUUUUACUUCGACACUUUAUAGAAAUUUUGGACAUGCAUUUCUUCGUUUCUGACAUCAUCAAUCAUAAAGUUCGUAUUGUUGGUAUAAUUAUUAUCGCAAGACAUUAAAAUAAAAAGUAAUUGCGAGAAGACAUAGAAAUAAUACAACAAUGUGACGAUAAUUCUUUUGUAUUUGUCACUUUUUACGCUGCAAUAAAAAAAUCUUUGUAUCGAU